AGACUGCGUUAUUUUCUGCUCUACUUUUCAAUCAGACAAGACGAACCAGAAAAAUCAUGGCUUCUCAGCUCCUUAGACGCGCUUUAGGAAGCCGCUCCUCCCAGAUCCUUUCCUCCACUACCACCGCCGCCGCCGGACCUAAUUAUUCCUUGCUAGCGUCGGCCGCCAGGGCUUUCUCCUCCUCUACAACUCCGAUAACAGCCACUCUCUUUCCUGGCGACGGUAUCGGCCCCGAGAUCGCUGAGUCUGUCAAACAGGUAUUUAAGGCAGCUGAGGUGCCAAUUGAGUGGGAAGAGCACUAUGUUGGGACUGAAAUAGAUCCUAGAACUCAGAGUUUCCUAACAUGGGAAAGUUUGGAGUCAGUUAGACGAAAUAAAGUAGGCUUGAAAGGGCCAAUGGCCACACCGAUUGGCAAAGGCCAUCGAUCUCUGAAUCUCACUCUCAGGAAAGAACUUAAUUUGUAUGCCAAUGUCAGGCCUUGCAACAGCCUGCCGGGCUAUAAAACCCGGUAUGAUGAUGUGAAUCUUAUUACCAUCCGCGAAAAUACGGAAGGGGAAUACAGUGGACUCGAACAUCAAGUGGUGAGAGGUGUUGUUGAAAGUCUCAAAAUCAUUACUCGUCAGGCAAGUUUGCGGGUGGCUGAAUAUGCUUUUCACUAUGCAAAGACCCAUGGUCGGGAGAGAGUGUCUGCAAUUCACAAGGCAAACAUUAUGCAGAAAACUGAUGGUCUGUUUCUUAAGUGCUGCCGUGAGGUUGCAGAGAAGUACCCUGAGAUAACAUAUGAGGAAGUUGUUAUUGACAACUGUUGUAUGAUGCUUGUGAAGAAUCCAGCAUUGUUUGAUGUAUUGGUGAUGCCUAACCUCUAUGGUGACAUUAUCAGUGACCUGUGUGCAGGAUUGAUUGGUGGUUUGGGCUUAACACCAAGCUGCAAUAUUGGUGAAGGAGGCAUUGCUCUUGCUGAAGCCGUACAUGGUUCAGCACCUGAUAUUGCUGGGAAGAAUUUGGCAAAUCCCACUGCCUUGCUGUUAAGUGCUGUCACAAUGUUGCGCCAUUUAGAGCUCAAUGACAAGGCUGAUAUGAUCCAGGAUGCUAUCCUUAACACAAUUGCUGAGGGGAGGUAUCGAACUGCAGACCUUGGUGGCUCUUCAUCUACAACUGAUUUUACAAGGGCAAUAUGUGACCAUCUUUAAAGAUUCCCUAUGGAGAUUUUUUUUAAAAGAAGAAGUUUUGCACUGUUUUCAACUAAGUAGUUGCACUUUUUAUUUUGGAGUCAUGUUUAAAACCUGCUUUUAGUUGUUUUCCAGAGGAGAAUAAGACCGCAUAACUGUGAUUGUUUGUAUAGAAGAUAUUAAAAUUGCUGUUCUAAAGAUACAGGAGCCAAAUACUGUUCUCCUGCCUACUGUAAUGUCUCUAAAUGAACAGAUCAUUGGAUUCAUUAAGAGGGCUAAUUUUCCACGCUGUAAGUUUUUUUUGAGUAGCGUAUUGUUGUCAUUACAGCAAGAAAUAAAGGGUGAUUAUUUCUA